ACUCAGGUUAACUUGGGUGGAUUUGACGCGUUUGUGCCGUGCACGUGACCGGUCGUUCGAAUCACCGUUACUCUUUAGGCAGUCUCCUUCUUUCUCUCUCAAAGUCCUAAGCAACAAGUUCCCAAACUCAACAGCACUCUUUAAUCUUCUGUGUUUCAUCACUGUACAAGUGCAUUUCAGCCCCAAAAUUUUCUUUCAUCAGACCCCGUUCAAAUUGAAACCCCGAAGCAAGCGAAGAAGAAAAAGUGUCACCGAUCCGUGCACCUCACGUGACCCAUGGCUCCCGCUAUCUCCGAGCGAGCCGAGUUGGCCAGGCUCUGCGCCUCGAGAGACUGGUCCAAAGCCAUUCGAAUCCUCGAUUCGCUCAUUUCUCAGUCCGGUGCAAUCCGAGACAUUUGCAACCGAGCCUUCUGUUACAGCAAACUAGAGCUUCAUAAGCACGUGAUUAAGGAUUGCGACAGAGCGCUUCAACUUGAUCCUAUGGUUCUUCAAGCUUAUAUUCUCAAAGGUUGUGCGCUCUCUGAGUUGGGAAGGAAAGCGGAUGCUCUAUUGGUAUGGGAGCAAGGCUAUGAACAUGCUCUGCAUCAGUCUGCAGAUUUGAAACAGCUACUAGAGCUUGAAGAGCUUAUGACGACAGUGAAGCAUAGCAACAAUGCACAGUGCGAAACCCAUGGGUCAUCCCUGCCACAAUCUGCAUCAAAUUCUCAGGGUAAUGGGAACUCGGUUGAAACUCAUAAGAAUCAAGAUAGGUUGAGCAAUCAAGCUGAUUUAUGUGGCAAUGCUAGUGAUAAAUCUGAGAUAUGCCUGAAGUCUACUGAUAACUUUGACUCAAAAAAUGAAUUGCAUGAUGAAGAUAGGGAGUCUAAUAAAUCUGAUGGCCAAGUGAAUGGGAGCCCUGAUGUUAUUGACACACUUAGUUACAAUUCUGAAUCUUGUAAUGACUCAAGUGAUGCCUCAGAAUCGUGUGAUAAAGUAUCUACCAAUAGUACUGACUCUGUUAACAUGACUGAGACUUUUAGAAACCCACGUAGUAAGUUUAUUUUUCCUAAUGAAAGAAAAGAUGAAGCAAAGAAAAAUAAGAAGUUCUGCAUUGCUCGGAUUUCAAAGACAAAUUCUGUAACUGUAGAUUUUCGACUCUCAAGGGGUAUAGCAGAGGUUAAUGAAGGAAAAUAUGCUCAUGCCAUAUCCAUUUUUGACCAGAUACUGAAAAAGGACCCUGCAUAUCCCGAGGCACUGAUUGGAAGAGGUACAGCAUAUGCAUUCCAGAGAGAACUUGAUUCUGCCAUAGUUGAUUUUACAAAGGCUAUACAAUUUAAUCCAUUGGCUGGUGAGGCAUGGAAACGGAGAGGUCAGGCCAGGGCAGCCUUGGGAGAGUUUAUUGAGGCUAUUGAAGACUUGACCAAGGCAUUAGAGUUUGAACCUGACACAGCAGAUAUUUUACAUGAGAGAGGAAUUGUCAAUUUCAAAUUUAAAGAAUUUGGUGCAGCUGUUAAUGACCUUUCAGCUUGUGUGAGGCUAGAUAAGGAUAAUAAGUCUGCCUACACAUAUUUGGGUUUAGCAUUAUCUUCGAUUGGUGAAUAUAAGAAAGCUGAGGAAGCACAUCUGAAAUCACUUCACCUUGACAGAAAUUUCCUUGAAGGAUGGGCACAUCUGACUCAGUUCUAUCAAGAUUUAGCAAUGCCAACAAAAGCACAGGAAUGUCUAAAUGAGAUGCUACAAAUUGAUGGGAGGUUUGCAAGAGCUUAUCAUUUGCGUGGCCUUCUAUUCCAUGCAAUGGGUGAGCACAGGAAGGCUAUCAAGGAUUUGACAAUGGGGUUGAGCAUUGACAGCACCAAUGUUGAAUGCUUCUAUUUACGAGCUUCCUGCUACCAUGCUGUUGGACAAUACAAAGAAGCAGUUAAGGAUUAUGAUGCUGCACUGGAUUUGGAAUUGGACUCGAUGGACAAGUUUGUGCUCCAGUGCCUUGCCUUUUAUCAGAAAGAGCUUGCUCUGUACACAGCCUCAAAAUUUAACAGCGACUUUUGCUGGUUUGAUAUUGAUGGGGAUAUUGAUGCACUUUUUAAGGAGUACUGGUGCAAGAGAUUGCACCCAAAGAAUGUAUGUGAGAAGGUUUUCAGGCAACCUCCUUUACGUGAGUCUUUAAGAAAGGAAAAGCUUAGAAAGCAAGAAUUUACUAUUACAAAGCAGAAGGCUACUCUUCUACUGGCUGCAGAUUCCAUUGGCAAAAAAAUCCAGUAUGAUUGUCCAGGAUUCCUACCUAAUAGACGUCAGCAUCGUAUGGCUGGACUUGCUGCUAUUGAAAUUGCACAAAAGGUCUCAAAGGCUUGGCGUGCUAUGCAUGCUGAAUGGAAAUAUUCUGGUAAAGGCAACUCAAAAAAUGGAAGAAGGGCCAGGAGAAGGGAAAGAAUUAAUACCCCCAGUCAAAAUAGAGGCGGUGCUGGUUGUAGCACAAGCAGUACCUCAGAAACAUCUUCACCUGGAAUUAUAGAUGAUAGAUCAUCCAGCCGUAUAUUGUCAUGGCAUGAUGUUUACUCAUUAGCUGUUAGAUGGAGGCAGAUUUCUGAGCCUUGUGAUCCUGUUGUCUGGGUGAACAAGCUAAGUGAAGAGUUCAAUUCUGGAUUUGGUUCUCACACCCCUAUGAUUCUUGGGCAAGCUAAAGUUGUCCGUUAUUUUCCUAAUUAUGAAAGGACAUUAGAUAUUUUGAAAACUGUCAUGAAAGAAAGAUCAUUUGUCCGGAGCAAAACAGAUGAGAUCAUUCAUCUUUCCAAAGAUGGGAAAUUAGAAGAGAUUAUGCAUGCAAAAUCGUGCUCUGAUCUUUAUAGAGUUGUUGGUGAGGAUUUUUGGUUGGCUACCUGGUGCAACAGUACUGCAUUUGAAGAGAAGCAGCUUGAAGGGACUAGGAUAACCCUUGUAAAAAUGGGGGAGCAUGGUUUUGACUUUGCAAUCAGAACACCAUGUACACCUGCUAGAUGGGAAGAUUUUGACACAGAAAUGGCAGUGGCAUGGGAAACUCUCUGCAAUGCUUACUGUGGUGAAAAUUAUGGGUCUACUGAUUUCAACGUGCUUGAAAAUGUGCGAGAUGCAAUUUUAAGGAUGACGUAUUACUGGUAUAACUUUAUGCCACUGUCUAGGGGAUCCGCUGCAGUUGGAUUUAUUGUUAUGUUGGGCUUGUUACUUGCUGCCAAUAUGGAGUUCACAGGAAGCAUACCACAGGGUUUACAAGUAGAUUGGGAAGCCAUUUUGAGCUUAGAUCGAAACUCCUUUGUGGAUUCGGUAAAAACGUGGCUGUACCCAUCUCUGAAGGUGACAACCUCGUGGAAAGAUUAUCCUGAUAUCGCAUCAACUUUUGCAACAACAGGAUCGGUUGUUGCUGCUUUGAGCUUUUCUGAUGAUUGAACUAAUGUAAAAUUGACCAGGUGAAUCAAUUGCAUAUUAACUGUGACGGGCUUGUUUCAUUGUAACCAUAUCUCAGUACAAUAAUUUAAGUUAUGGCAUUGGUUGAAAAAUUACCAUUUCUCUUUUCCCCAUUUUUCAACUAUCACGGGUUGUCUUACUGGUCUUUGCCUUGCUCUAAAUUGAGAUAAUGGAAUAAAUUUACACACUAGUUU